AGAGAUGAGGAUAUCGUCAACUAUAUCAAAACCCAGGGAGAGCUCACGGUGAGAAUCAUCAGCUCACACACCAGCCCCAAGAGACCGGAAGGCUACUCCUUCUACGAAUACCGAGGCAAGCAGCUGCAGCGAAACGGCACGGGCUUCAUACAGUACGUCUACAGAAACGACACGAGAUCGGGGGCGCCCUGCCCUUGCCCCGAAUGCCGGACCUCGGCGCACCCCCGCGUGGCCUGGGCCAAGGUCAAGGUUAGGACGGCGACGCACCUGGUGUUCGAUGACGACGAGGCCAGGCGCACGGUCGUCCAGCUCUUCUACGACGUGGACGGCGACAAGACCGGGGUCAAGGUCCUUCACGGGGAGAGCGUGCGGCACGGCACCCUGGCCGGAGACUGGUGUGACAUGAGGUGUGUGACCCACGACAUGGAGCUGGUGGACCACCUUAAGGACACCUGGGGGAGGUGGAGGUGGCUGGAGACCAAGAUUAACCAGAACUACGCCACGCAUCCUGAUCCAAGAUUAGCUGUUGUGGUAAGAUGGCUGUUGUGGUAA